CUCCCGCCGGCAGGUCCCCCGGGCCAGGGGCUGCUGUGCGCCCGCUAGCCGCGCUGCCCGUUCCCCCUUGCCCACUCUCAGGCGCGCGCGCAGGCACGCGUCCCCGGCGCGCAGAGCAUGCCUCUCAGCCCAGCCAGCGGCAAACAUGAGGCUCCGGAGCAGCAGCAGCAGCAGCGGCGGCGGCGGCGGCGGAGGCAGCAGCAGCAGCAGGAGGACGAGGAGGAGGACGAGGAGGAGGAGGAGGAGGAAGAGGAGGAAGAGGAGGAGGAAGAAGAGGAGGAAGAAGAAGAGGAGGAGGAGGAAGAGGAGGAGGAGGAGGAAGAAGAAGAAGAAGAAGAAGAGCAGUCUCCGCACCGCUGUCAGCAGCUGCAGCAGGCCGGCGUGGUGAACGGCGAUCCUGGGGAGAGCACGGAGAGCAGCCUCAGGGAGGAGACCCUGUAUGAUACCAUCACGCCUCCCGCCGCCGCCCCCGCCGCCGCCCCCGGCCCCGGCCCUUGCUCCUCCGAGACGCCGGCCUCUCCCCCGCCAGGGCGGAUGGACGAGCCAGCUCCCAACGCCCUGGUCCUGCGCAUCGGCAUCCCGGACCUCCAGCAAACGAAGUGUCUGCGGCUGAACCCCGAUGUCCCCAUCUGGACCUCCAAGCAGCGCAUCCUUUGCACCCUGAACCACAGCCUGAAGGACGUCCUCAACUAUGGCCUCUUCCAGCCGGCCUUCAACGGCCGGGCGGGGAAGUUCCUGGAUGAAGAGCGGCUGCUGAGGGAGUACCCCCUGAAUCCGGACACCCCGGUCCCUUACCUGGAGUUCCGAUACAAGAGGCGCGUCUAUUCCCAGCCCCUGUUGGAUGACAAGCAGUUCGCCAAGCUGCACACGAAGGCAAAUCUGAAGAAAUUUAUGGACUAUGUGCAGACCCUGAAUGUGGAGAAGGUCAGCAGGUUGCUGGAGAAAGGACUGGACCCCAACUUUCAUGACCCGGACACUGGAGAAUGCCCCCUGACCAUGAGUGCCCAGCUGGAGUUCUGUGCCGAGAUGAUCAAAGCCUUGAAGAAUGGCGGCGCCCACUUGGACUUCCGAACCCGCGAAGGGAUGACGGCUCUGCACAAGGCCGUCCGAUGUCGGAACCACACUGCCCUGCGGACGCUGCUAGACCUGGGUGCCUCUACGGACUACAAGGACAGCCGGGGGCUGACCCCCCUGUACCACAGUGUCAUGGUGGGGGGGGACCCCUACUGCUGCGAGCUCCUCCUGCACGACUACGCCAAGGUGGGCUGCAUGGAUGAGAACGGCUGGCAAGAGAUCCACCAGGCCUGCCGCUACGGACACGUUCAGCAUCUGGAGCACCUCCUCUUCUAUGGGGCGGACAUGACUGCCCAAAACGCCUCGGGAAACACUGCCCUGCACGUCUGCGCACUCUACAACCAGGAGAGCUGUGCCCGCGUUCUCCUCUUCCGGGGAGCCAGCAAGGAGAUCCGGAACUACAACAGCCAGACGGCGUUUCAGGUGGCCAUCAUUGCGGGCAACUUUGAACUGGCGGAAAUCAUCAAAACCCACAAAGAGUCCGACGUUGUGCCUUUCCGCGAGACCCCGAGCUACACCAAGCGGCGGCGGCUGAUGGGGGCGGCCGGCCUCUCCUCCCCGCGCCUGCUCCAGCGCUCGGCCAGCGACAACAACCUGAAGGAGAGCCGGCCGUCCUACUCGCCGGCGCCCUCGCUCCGCGGCCUCCCCCCGCAGCUGCUGGCCCAGAUGCGGGAAGCGACAGAUAGAGAGAGAGAGAGAGAGAGAGAGUCAGGGAUCACGUGACCCUUAGAAGUCCGUGCCACAGCGGCGGCGGCGGCGGGGGCCGGUCCGGGCGGCGGCGUCCCGGGAGCGGCCCCUGAGCCGGGCGGGGGUCCGGACACAGUCCGCACGCCGCCGCGCGCUCCGCUGCGGGGCCCCAAGAAGAAGCUGUACAGCGCCGUGCCCGGCCGCCGCUUCAUCGUGGUCAAGAGCUACGCGCCGCAGGGCGAGGGCGAGAUCCAGCUCAACCGCGGAGAAGCCGUCAAGGUGCUCAGCAUCGGAGAAGGAGGCUUCUGGGAAGGAACCGUGAAAGGACGGACAGGCUGGUUCCCGGCAGAAUGUGUCGAGGAGGUGCAGAUGCGGCAGUUCGAUGCCCGACCAGAGACGAGAGAAGACCGGACCAAGAGGCUCUUCCGACAUUACACCGUGGGCUCCUAUGACAACUUCACUUCACACAGCGACUACAUCAUCGAGGAGAAGGCGGCCGUCCUGCAGAAACGGGAGCAUGAGGGCUUCGGCUUCGUCCUGCGCGGGGCCAAAGCGGAAACGCCCAUUGAGGAGUUCACCCCAACACCAGCUUUCCCGGCACUGCAGUACCUGGAAUCGGUGGACGUGGAGGGUGUGGCGUGGCGAGCAGGACUGCGCACAGGAGACUUCCUGAUCGAGGUGAACGGUGUGAACGUGGUGAAGGUCGGGCACAAGCAGGUGGUCUCGCUCAUCCGCCAGGGGGGAAACCACCUGGUGAUGAAAGUGGUCUCGGUCAGUCGCAAGCCAGAGUCAGAAGACCUCAUUCGGAAGAAAGCCCCGCCGCCGCCCAAGCGGGCGCCCAGCACCACCCUCACCCUGCGCUCCAAGUCCAUGACCGCCGAGCUGGAAGAGCUGGCCUCGAUGCGGAGGAGGAAAGGGGAGAAGCUGGACGAGAUCUUGGCAGCGGCUGAGCCUUCGCUGAGACCAGACCUGGUGGAAGCGGAUUCCCGAGCAGCCACCGUGAAGCAGAGACCGACCAGCCGGCGCAUCACCCCUGCAGAGAUCAGUUCCCUCUUCGAGCGCCAGGGCAUGGCCACCCAUGCAGGGCCGGAGAAGCCCCACAUCUCCCUCCGCAAAGGCCUCCCGCGGACCAAGUCUGUAGGCGAAGAUGAAAAAUUUGCGGCUUCCCUAAUGGAUGGAAAAUUUCCCCGGAGUACGUCGAUGCAAGACACCGUCCGAGAGGGCCACGGCAUCCCGCCCCCACCACAAACCGCUCCACCCCCACCCCCCUCCCCCUACUACUUUGACACGGGCCCGCCCCCCACCUUCUCCCCGCCCCCACCCCCAGGGAGGGUGUACGACACCGUCCGGUCCAGCUUCAAGCCGGGCUUGGAGGCCAAGCUGCACGGGCUGCCACCGGUGAUCAGCGCAGCCGAGAUGUAUGACCAGGCCAGGGCUGGCAUCCCUUACCCCGAACGGCAGAAGCGGGCCCGCUCCAUGAUCAUCCUGCAAGACUCCUCCCACAUCCCCGUGGAGCCCACCGACAUCCCCCGGCCAGGCCCCUCAGCCACCCCGCCAGAGAAGCUGAAGCGGAAGGGGCGCGGGGCGGACAACCCAUACGCCAACAUGGGCCAGUUCAAUGUCAGCCUCUUUGCCCCCACCAAGCCCCAGCGCAAGAAGAGCCCCCUGGUCAAGCAGCUGCAGGUGGAGGACGCGCAGGAGCGAGCGGCACUCUCUGUGGCUGGGGGCUUCCCCCGGGAGCCCUCCCCCACCCGGAGGGGCCACCGCCUGAGCGGGAUGGAGUUCACCUCCCAGCAAGUGGACACCGCCAGCCUGCCCUUUGCCACAGCGGUCACGGGGGCCAUGAAGGAGCGAGACCGGCGUCUUGAUGAGAAGCGGAAAUCCACUGUCUUCCUUUCCGUGGGUGCCAUAGAGGGGAGCCCCCCCACCAUAGACAUGCCAUCGCUGCAGCAAUCCCGGUCCAUCGAUGAGCGUCUGCUGGGGAGCCGGGAUGUUCUCCUGCCUUCCCCCGUCUCUGCUUUAAAGCCAUUCCUCAGCAGUUCCUCCUCAACGUUCAUACACCCCCUAACGGGGAAGCCCCUCGACCCCAACUCCCCCCUGGCGCUGGCGCUGGCCGCGAGAGAGCGAGCCCUCUCCACCCAGGUCUCCUCCAGAGUGGCAACCCCCAUCCACAGCCCCGACUCCGAUCGGGCGGCGCCCUUGUUUGUGGACAUCCAAACCAAAGAGCAAGAGAGGGGUGAGCUGGAAGGCCGGGGAUCUCCCGCCUAUUCUCCAGGAGCCAAGGUGGCGACACCCAGCUCCUUGACACCUACCCAGAGCCCCUGGGGGAUGCCCGGAAGUGCAAGGAAAGAGGGCGAGGCACGAACUGAGACCCCAGUGAAGGAGAUGGUGGAGAAGAAGGUGGAGGAGAAGAAGGCCAUGAUCCUCAGCAUCCUGGACACCUCGCAGCAGAAGACCGCCGGCCUCAUCAUGGUGCACGCGACAAGCAACGGCCAAGACCUCGGCUUUGAUGUGAUGGAGGAGAAGACCCCUGUCCCAGAGGGGGGCCCAGAGCCAGUGGAAGUGUCCAUGAUGGAGGCUCAGCCCAGUCCCGUGGGGAAGGCACCUGUCAGCCCAGUCUUGGACAAGACUCUUGGACAAGGGAGUUCGGAGGAGGAAGUAGAGACCUACACGGUCACUCUGCCGCCCGCGCAGCUGUCCUCGAGCGAUGAGGAAACCAGGGAGGAGCUGGCGAAGAUUGGCCUGGUGCCGCCACCUGAUGAGUUUGCAAACGGGGUAUUGGUCACCACCGCUGGCACACCUAUCAGCCAACUGGCUGCUCCAGCCAUCACCCCGCCAUCCGUGCCAGCGGCAGUGGCCCUACCUUCUACCACUGGUGGAACACCCUCAGGGAAACCCUCUGAUGCCCCCACCGCCCCAGAGUCUGCCGCAGACUCGGGAGUGGAAGAGGUGGACACCAGAAGUUCAAGUGACCAUCACCUGGAGACCACAAGCACCAUCUCCACCGUCUCCAGCAUGUCCACACUGUCCUCCGAGAGCGGGGAGCCCACCGACACCUACACCUCCUUUGCAGAUGGGCACACUUUUGUACUCGAGAAGCCGCCAGUGCCUCCAAAGCCGAAACUCAAGUCCCAGACCAGCAAGGGGCCGGUAACCUUCAGGGACCCACUUUUGAAGCAGUCCUCGGACAGCGAGCUCAUCUCCCAGCAACACGCGGCCAUCCUGGCUUCCGCCAGCGUCGGCCGGCCACGCUACCUCUUUCAGCGAAGGUCCAAGCUGUGGGGGGACCCCCUGGACAGCAGGCCCAUCCACGGGCCGGAAGAUGACAAACCAACUGUGAUCAGCGAGCUCAGUUCCCGGCUGCAGCAGCUGAACAAGGACACGCGCUCCCUGGGGGAGGAACCUGCCGGUGGCGUGUUAGACCCUGGAAAGAAGCCUCCCGUGGUGGCAGCACGACUUUUCAGUAGUUUAGGAGAACUAAGCACCAUUUCCCAGCGCAGCUCUGGCACCACCUACACCGUGCGUCCUGGCAGCCGCUACCCUGUGACCCGCCGCACUCCCAGUCCGGUAAAGCCUGCCCUGGAUAGGACAGACCCCCUGAGCACCGUCCGGCCCUACGGGCUCACCCCGCCCACCAUCCUCAAAUCUUCCAGCCUUUCCAUCCCACACGAACCCAAGGAGGUACGCUUCGUGGUACGCAGCGUCAGUGCCCGGAGCCGCUCCCCUUCCCCCUCCCCUUCCCCGGGGCCCCCCCUGCAUUCCCUCCACCCCCCACGGCCCUUCAUGCAGAAACCCCUCCAGCUUUGGAACAAAUACGACGUGGGGGACUGGCUGGAGAGCAUUAACCUGGUGGAGCAUCGAGACAAAUUUGAGGACAAUGAAAUUGAGGGCACCCACCUGCCCGCCCUGACCAAGGAGGACUUUGUGGAGCUGGGGGUGACGCGGGUGGGGCACCGCAUGAACAUUGAACGGGCACUGAAGCAGCUGGCAGACAGCUGACCAUCCCGGCAGCCCGGGCUCCUCUCCCGGGGCCGUGUCACUCAGGGGCAGGCGGGGCCGUUCCUGCUAGGCCAGUAGACAGGAGCCCACCGGAUGCUCUUCCUGUCCUGCUCGGACUGCUGCACUGAAAGACGGGGGGUGGGCAGGCACCUCCUCUCCCUCCCACCCCACAGCUCUCCGGGCACCCUGGUGCAGACCCCCUUCCUCGGGUAUAGGCAUGGGCCACGGAAGCUCACCCCCUCCCCAAGAGAGUCACUGCUGGACAGGCGGUUCUGGGGAAGGAGAGGCGCUCCCCUCUUGGAGAACACCUUGGCAGCGUGUCCUGCCCACGUGGCAUGGGUCCCAAGGGGAGGCCAGAGGGACAAGGUGUUAAGAGGGGAAGGGGGUCCUUGCGCUGGGGUUGCAAGGCUCCAGCCGGGCCUUAACGGUAUUCGUACGUUGUGGUGCUGUGGCUGCUUGCGUUGCAUUCGGCCUUCGGAAGACCAGAUGCUAACUGGCCAGUGAGGGUUUUUGGGGAAGAGGCUCAGUGCGUUGGCCGCAGGGAGGCUGGCUGGCACCCAAGCGACUGCUGCUGGAGGAAUUCUCCCUGUGAAGGUCAGCAGGAGCUCCUAAGAGAGGUCAAGGGGCAGAAGUGGGAACACCGCUCAGGAGGGGCCCCAUCCACCCCAGUUCCUACCCCACCCGCAGCCCCGGGCCCUGACCCUGCCCUGCAAGGACCCAGCAGGGCCAGGAAGAGGAGAAGACCAGGAGAGGCACCCCCAUGGAGAGCGGGCACUGCCGCCUGGAGGACUGUUGCCAUGCCCUGGCACGCAAGCAGGGCUGAUGUCGCAUGGAUCGAAGCAUGCUUGGGGCGCAAAGAGAGGCGAAGGGCGGAUCUGGCAGCUGCUGCUUGGCCAGCCCUGGUGGGGAGGGGGGAGGCCUCGUUUGGCUUUGGGGGUGCGGGACACGUUGAAGGGGGUCUCUUAAUCUCUCUGCAUUUCUGUAGGUUUGGUGAUCCCAAGGAGAGGAUGCCCAACAGCAGGAACCCACCCCCCUCUCCGCCCUAGUCACUCAUUUUUGCAUCUUUUUAAUCAGCUAUAUAUUUGAAAAGGAAAAAAAAAGAACAAAUAUCUAUAUAUCUAUAUCUAUAGCCACCUUGUUUAGUUAACAGUUGACUGAAGCUCUAUCUUUGCUGGGGGGGAGAGGGGGGGCCUGGGGGCUCCUUCCUGCAAUGCUUGUGGGAGUUUUUAGUGACUGAAUGAAUGUGAGGGGGGGGAAGAGAAUCUUUUUAAGGUUCCUUUUAGAUGUGCUCAAUUUUAAAGAUUGGGGGUAGGAACAAAAAAAAAGGCAACAUUGCACUGGCUUCUGGGGACCCGUGUGAAGUCUUCCAUUCUUGCUGGACAGGCCCUGACUGGAGUAGCUGCUUCCCCCCAUUACACACACACACACACACACACACACACACCUGUCUUUCCCUUGCGCAAGCCCCUUCCCCUGCUUUCCUGGGGAAGAACAGAGAGGAGCAAGCGGGGAAGAACCCAAGUCUUUCGCCUUCCCUCUCCCCUCUUGAAGCCAGGGAGCCCGAACCGCAGAGCGGCUGCACCCAAAAUACCCACAGAGGGUGGGGGUCCCCAACCCUUUGCAGAGCCCAGGCCCUGUGGAAGGAAGGGCAGUCCUGAGGGCCUCCCAGCUGGGGCUGGUCUCGGAUCCCCCCUGUGGUUGGUCCAUCCCCUUUUCUUUAAGAGGCCAAAGAAAUGCCCCCCCCCGGUCACAAGUGGCCCCCCUGCACCCCUACCCUUCUGCACCUGGGGCUCCUCUGGGGGGAAUGUUCCCUCCCUACAGGCCUGGCCUAAAAUCAGAGGAGACCCAGCGGCACCUUUUAAGAUGAGCCCAUUUUUAUUUUCAAGGUGUAAUCUUAAAAAUAAGGAUGAGUCCAAAGGUGCUACCGGAGCCUUCCUGAUCUCUUUGGCACCCCAGAAGAGAGUGGCUGUUUUCCUACCACACUGCCCGGCCUAGAAGGGACACCACAGCAGGGAGCUUCCACCUUGGUGCGAGGGAGGCUGAGCCAGCUGAGUGGCUGUGCUUGGAAGGAGCCCACCUCCCUCUUUUUCCUCCCCAGACCCAGAGGAGUCUCACACCUGGGACCCUGGAGCAGGUUGGGGGAAAGAGACGGGCCAAACCAGGAGCCUCCAUCUAGGGCAGCCCAGCCAGUUCCUUUGCAGGGUCGUUAGAUCUUCUGGUGCUAGAGGGACGGGCCCUCACUGACCCCCAUAGAUCCCCAGAUUCCACCCCCCCACUUUUACCAAUCGCCAACAGAAACCUGCUUUCUGCUAAAGGCUCUCAAGCGUCUGCUCUGUAGAAGGGCUGGCCAGCGCAUGGUCUUGAAGGCCCCAGGAGAGCCAGGCAGGGAGCCAGCUUAGCUGGGGGUGGGCUGCUCUCUCCUUCCUGGAAGGAGCUCAGUGGGCCUUGGCAUCUGCCAGGAAUGCUUGCCACGACAGCCCCCCCCCAAUCCAUUGACCUACAACCCCAGAACCUACCAGGCCUUUCUGCAAUCCUUCCCCACCCCCGAAUUGACCCCCCUUAGGGAAGAGUGAGAGGAGGGGGCCAGGUCUAUCCCCUCCCCGUCCCUGAACAGACACCCACCAUGGUGGCACUACCAAAUUUUAAAUCUCCCAGUCACAGGAGGAGGAAGGAAAGCAGCUGUGUUCCAAUUCCAAACGUUUAAGAAGCCCCAACAUCCCAGGGACACCUAGCAAAGCCUGGACAUUUUCCCCAUCCACAUGAAAACCUUGUUUCGGGCCAGUCGCGCACAAGUUGUGUGAUAAGAGUUUUAAAUGUCAGCAAACGCUGGGCCCGUCCCACAUCUGGUGCUCUCCAACCGCGUCAGGCUGCAGUUCCCAUCAUCCCCAGCUAGUGUGCUGGGGGGGGGGCAGCUUCCUCUGAAGUCUUCUAGUCCAACCCCUUGCUCAAGCAGGAGGGCCCCCCCCAUCAUUUCAGACAAAUGGUUGUCCCAUCUCUUCUUGAACAACCCCCCCCCCCCCCCCCAUCCCCGUGGUGGAGCCCCCACAACUUCUGAAGGGAAAGUCCUUCACAGGUUAAUUGUCCUCCCUGUCUGGAAAUUCUUCCUUCUGGGCUGUCUCUCUCCUGAAUGGACUUCCACCCGUUGCUUCUUGUCCCGCCUUCUGGUGCUUUGGCGAAUAGGUGGAGCCCCUCUUCUCUGGGGCAGCCCCUCAAAUACCGGAAGGCUGCUAUCA